CGGAAGGGGAUCUUGUCAUGUGACGUACCAUAAACGUCACUCCCCUGGGUUUGUAUAAAUACAGUAGCUCUCCCGUAUAGCAGCAGAUUUUUCUACGAAGAAGAGGAAACGUACAUUUACAGAAGACAUAGCAGCGUUUACAAGCUUUUCUAAAAGAUGCAGAUCUUUGUCAAAACACUCACUGGUAAGACCAUCACCCUUGAAGUCGAGCCAAGUGACACCAUUGAGAAUGUCAAAGCCAAGAUCCAGGACAAAGAAGGCAUUCCCCCUGACCAGCAGAGGUUGAUCUUUGCUGGCAAACAGCUGGAAGAUGGUCGCACACUGUCUGACUACAACAUCCAGAAAGAGUCCACCUUGCAUCUGGUGCUGCGUCUCAGGGGAGGAAUGCAGAUCUUCGUCAAAACCCUCACUGGCAAGACCAUCACCCUUGAGGUCGAGCCAAGCGACACCAUUGAGAACGUCAAAGCCAAGAUCCAGGACAAAGAAGGCAUUCCCCCUGACCAGCAGAGGUUGAUCUUUGCUGGCAAACAGCUGGAAGAUGGUCGCACACUGUCUGACUACAACAUCCAGAAAGAGUCCACCUUGCAUCUGGUGCUGCGUCUCAGGGGAGGAAUGCAGAUCUUCGUCAAAACCCUCACUGGCAAGACCAUCACCCUUGAGGUCGAGCCAAGCGACACCAUUGAGAACGUCAAAGCCAAGAUCCAGGACAAAGAAGGCAUUCCCCCUGACCAGCAGAGGUUGAUCUUUGCUGGCAAACAGCUGGAAGAUGGUCGCACACUGUCUGACUACAACAUCCAGAAAGAGUCCACCUUGCAUCUGGUGCUGCGUCUCAGGGGAGGAAUGCAGAUCUUCGUCAAAACCCUCACUGGCAAGACCAUCACCCUUGAGGUCGAGCCAAGCGACACCAUUGAGAACGUCAAAGCCAAGAUCCAGGACAAAGAAGGCAUUCCCCCUGACCAGCAGAGGUUGAUCUUUGCUGGCAAACAGCUGGAAGAUGGUCGCACACUGUCUGACUACAACAUCCAGAAAGAGUCCACCUUGCAUCUGGUGCUGCGUCUCAGGGGAGGAAUGCAGAUCUUCGUCAAAACCCUCACUGGCAAGACCAUCACCCUUGAGGUCGAGCCAAGCGACACCAUUGAGAACGUCAAAGCCAAGAUCCAGGACAAAGAAGGCAUUCCCCCUGACCAGCAGAGGUUGAUCUUUGCUGGCAAACAGCUGGAAGAUGGUCGCACACUGUCUGAUUACAACAUCCAGAAAGAGUCCACCUUGCAUCUGGUGCUGCGUCUCAGGGGAGGUUCAGAUGUUUAAACUGACUCAUCUCAGAAAUGGACACAAUUCAUUCAAUAUCCACUGUUCAUGCACUCACCACUUUUGUCCCCUAUUUUUUCCAAUACUUUAUUACUGAAUGCAGUUACAUUUUAUUAUAUAUAUACUUUUUUUUUUUUUUUUCACCUGUUUUUUUUCAUGUUCAAAAAGACUAAAUAAAAGCAUUGAAAUGUA